AUGAAAUCUCUAAUACGUGAGCGAUCUCGCAGUCAAAGCCCGGCUAAACCCGGAGUCAUCUCUCCUUGCGGGGAAGCUGCUCAUAAUGAGUUGUCUAACAUUUUGGCGGAUUUCAACCGUGACGGGGUGCCGGUGCUCCAAGGCUUUGACAUCGCUGACAUCCCUGAAGAGGCUUUCGCUUACCUCCAAUGGGCCUCGAAACAGCAAGCCAUAGACGAGUUUUAUGAUUGGAAAUUGUUGACUCCUGAGGAGGGGUCACGGCAGGCGGUCAUCAGGGAACUAAUUUUUACCGAAGCUGACUACAUAAAACAUCUGAUGGCGAUUGUUGAGGUGUUUAUGGGAGCGGCUCAUGCCUUGCAAGCCAAGGGGAAACUUCUUCGUAUAGAUACUUCAAUGUUGUUCUCGAACAUUCCCGACGUGCUUAACGCUAGUCUUUACUUGUGGAACUAUACUUUCGUUCCUAUGAUAAAAGACGCUCUCAUGAAUUCGAGCCCCUUCAACAUCGAUCUGAUGAGGGAGGGCUUCGCUUUAUUUAAGGAUAUUAUGCUUCCGUAUGAGAAGUAUUUGAUAGAUCAAAACAAGCUUCUUGAAUAUAACCGUCAAAAUCAAAAGGAUAGCGAAUACUCCAUCUAUCUCUCGUGGUGUCACAGUCGUAGGGAAUGCAAUAGACUGCAACUUAAUGAUUUCUUAGUGAAGCCAAUGCAACGUCUAACCAAAUACGGUUUGCUUUUGAACCGGAUAAUUCAUUAUACCCAUAAUGAAACCGAAGAAAAGUCACUCAAGAUUAUGGAACAAACCACUUCUACUGUCGUUACUGAAAUCAAUCGUUCCGUUCGUCAGAACGAAGAAGUUGAAAAGGUUAUAGCCCUACAAAAAACCCUUGAAAAUCUUGAUUGCGAGAUCAAAGAUGAAGAAGUUGAAAAACUUUACAAUGCUUAUGGUAAAUUGAAUCUAUCGGCCCCCAUGCUCUACUGCCUCCCAGCCCACCGACGCACGCUGACCCACCAGGCUGACCUUCGAUUCCGUGACUCUGCCAAGGAGGCAAGAACUAUAUGA